ACUUACCUUUUUUGAAAUCAUCGAUCCACUUUUCUUGUUACUUUUGGUUCGUUUUGGUUGUUUUUUACACUUUUUUUGAUACAAUUUUCAAUUGAUUUACUUGUAUUACAAUAAACUCUUUACUGCUGUCGGCAUUAACACUUGUUUAUAGCCAUAUCAGCUCCAACAUUGGCCAUUUUCAUCGACAUCUUUAUCGCCAUCACCAUCAAUAAACAAUAAAUACGAUGCAUCAAACAGUUGCCCCAUAUUUGGCUCACAAUUUCCAAGGAUAUUCAUAUUUAGAAAGACGCAUGGACAACGGAGAUAAUUUUCAUUUUGACGAUGUUUGGAACUGUAACCUCAAUUCAGUUGCCUUGUUAUCAGCAACACCAGUUACUCAUACUAGCAGCUCAUCAUCAUCUUUAUCAUCCUCAUCAAAUUCAUCGCCAUUUGAAUCAACCUUUGUUUCAACCUCCAUCCCCUCCUCUACCAAUAAUAAUACUAAUCAUAAUAAUUACUCCAACUCUGGGCAAACAAUUAAUUCGUAUUACGUCAACUCUUCCAAUGGAAAUGGUAAUGGGACAACCACAAGCUUAACUACAAGUGAAACCUCAAUUGGAGAUCAUUAUGGUCAACCAACUCUUGUACCAUUAACAGCAGUAUCCCCAUCAUCAACCAAUGUUACCGGUAACAGUACUCUUGCCACCUCCAGUGAGACAAUCACCACCAACGGUUCCAUCAUAAGCUCAUCAUCCACCACCCCGACGCUUACCUCAAUUGACAGCAGUAAUAACACUUGCUUAGAUAAUAAUGGUUCAUCUAAUAAUACAAGUAGCUGCUCAUCACGUACUAAUAAUGUUAAUCUAAUCCAUACUAAUGGUAAUAGCACCAACAGUAAUAAUAAUAAUAGUACUAGUGGCAGUAGAAGCAACAACAACAGUAAUACAAGCAACACUGAUGUAAAUCACAAUGAGCCCGUCAACGAGAGGAUGCUUGUUAUAAUAGGCGAUGGCCCUAUCAUUGAUAAUAUUACUGGUGCUGGCGGAGGUACAAAUAGUUCAACUUCAUUAUCUUCGGUGCCGUCUAUGAUUGAAAAUGGUUUCAACCAGUAUUGUCAUAAUUCGGAACCUGUUCAUUACUAUUCUCAUGAAAACAUCUCCAUUGGUGAACACAUUGUUGAACAAGAAGCAGCUUCAGCGUUUAUUGAUCAUUCAGUAUCAGACUUGAAUGGUACAAUAUGGACAAACUGUCAAAAUGGAAAUGAGUUUAUUGAAGGAACCACCUUACCUAUGGGAGGAUUCAAUGGUGACAAUUAUGCUGUUAAUGAUUCAGUCGACACUUUUGGCAACAGCUUAUCAACAAAUCGACUUGGAAAUAGUCACACUUAUACUAAUUCAACACCUAAUCAUCUAGAUCCUGUACAUGACAUUAGAAGUAACUCAAUUCAUCACACAAAUAUUCAUUCUCCUCUUUCCUCUCUUGUCCAUCUUCCUCAUCCCCAUUACCUUCACCAACACCAACACCAACAUCUUCAUCAUCAACAACACGUCAGUCUUCGUCAACAAUUUGUUCUCAACGGAGGCCGAUCUUCCAGAGCCUCUAAAGGUGAGCAUUCUCGAAGCAAUGCCAGUGAUACAUCAGAUGACGAUCGAAGUAUAACAAGAGAUGAAAAACGAGCUAAAGCUCUCAACAUACCAAUACCAGCUGAUGAUAUAAUCAACUUACCAAUCGAUGAGUUUAACGAGCGUCUAGCUAAAUAUGAAUUAAAUGAAGCUCAGCUUUCAUUGAUUCGUGAUAUACGAAGGCGAGGUAAAAACAAGGUCGCUGCUCAAAAUUGCCGUCGACGUAAAAUGGAUCAAAUAUUGGACCUACAUAGUGAAGUGGAACGUUUAUAUUCUCAGAAGAAAGCCUUUGAGAUUCAACAAGAACAAUUGUUAGCUUUAAGAGAUUUAGCUCAAGAAAAAUAUUCCAAACUGUAUCAUUUUAUAUUAAGCUCAUCGGAAAGCUCAACUCCUCUGUCCAAUUUUACAAGUAGCCACAACGAUUAUCCGCAAAUGUUAGUCUUACCACCAAUGGAAAGUGCCACAGCAACACGUAAUUAAUAGAUAAAUCAACAAGAAUAAAGUUACAUUUUAAUUAUGAUAAUGGUGGUGAUGGGCAGCUAAAAAAAUUAUGUUGGCGAAGAACAAAAAUUGCCUAAUUAAAGUCUGAUCAGUUUUCCUAUUAAUUAUCACUGUUUUCAUGAAUUAAUAAAGCCAGAAUGCUCUGACAUUCCAACAUUAUUGUUAAUCAUAUCAAGCUUCUGAAAUUGAAGCACUUAUUACUUAGUCACUGGGAACCUGAGCGAAUAAACUUAUUUUCAUUUAUCAUAA